CCGUUCUAGGCUUGUCACCUCGUCCAAUAGGAAGGCAGGAUUUUUACCGUUCUAGAACGUGAUUGGUCAAUAUUAUAUAUGCCAAAUACAGAAGCACUUGCCGCGCUAUUGAGCAUAAGUUUCCGGCGACAGUUGGGUAUCAACUUUCAACUAGUGCAAGUUUAUUUUCUUGAUUUUAUCGUUGUUUUACUCAACUAUUUUAGCAAUGGCGACCGCUACGCUUCCCAACAACAACACGCCGGGAAAUAAGAAGUCCAAAAACGCCAGUUUUACUUCGCCAACGAAAAUUUCGAGGAUGCAAGAACGAGAUGAACUGGGUCAUUUGAACAACCGAUUAUCGGUGUAUAUCGAACGAGUAAAGAAUUUAGAGGCUGAAAAUGCGAGCUUAUCGGCCGAAAUUGAAACGACAAAAGUCCGUACAGAGAACGAGGUGAAUAACAUGAAAAACAUGUUUGAGAAUGAACUAAACGAUGCUCGAAAAAUGCUCGAUGAGACGUCUAUGGAAAAGGCUCGAAUUCAACUCGAGAGCGGACGAAACGCAAGCAUUGUUGCUGAAUACAAAGUAAAGUAUGAUGAUACUUCAAAGAAACUCAACACUUGUGAGGAAAAUCUCCAGAUUACCGAGUCGAAACUUUCACAAAAUGAGAAGAUUUUGGAGAAAACCAUUCGAGACAAACGGAGGAUGGAAGGUGACAUUGAUGUCUUGGAAAAAGAAAAUUUUGCAUUGAAAGAAGCUGUCGAGACAUCGAAGUGCAGUCUUGAGGAGGAAAUACUUCUGAGAGUUGAUAUCGAACAUCAACUCCAGUCAACAAAAGAAGAGAUGAAUUUCAAACAGCAAAUGUUUAAUAAGGAGUUACAAGAAAUGCGCAACCAGAUUCAACAUGUUGAAAAACAAAAAGUGAGGAUUGAAAGUGACUAUAAGUCGAAAUAUGAGGGAAUAAUGACAGAGAAACUGCAAGAAUUACGAGACAUCUAUGAUGAAGAGAACGAGAAACUCACAAAUGAUGUUCAGACACUCUAUUUGGCCAAGUAUGAAGAUUUGAAAGACCAGGCGAGAGAAGACGCAAGCAAACUUGCCGAAGCAAGAGACAACAACAGAGAUCUCACAAACAAGUUGGAAGAUUUACGAGCUGAACAUACAGUCGCUAUUUCCAAGGUCGAGUCUCUACAGAAACGAUUAAAAGAGUUGGAAGAGCUGCUGGAUGAUCAGCAGCGACGAGCGAAUGACACCAUAAACUUGCGAGAUGAUGAGAUCCGGGAACUUCGUGAAAACAUGGAGGAACAACUUGGUGAAUAUGAAAAUUUGAUGGGAGUUAAAGUCGCCUUAGAUAUGGAACUUGCCGCGUAUCGAAAACUAUUGGAAGGAGAGGAAGUGAGGCUAAAUAUCACUCCCCCGCCCUCCCCCGUAUUUGGCGACAAGUACAAAGCAAAGAGACCCAGCAAGAGGCCUCGAACUGAAGAUUUGCAAGCGACAACGACAAGCACCACUACAGCUGCGUCUGGCAAUAUUCAGAUCAUCGAGGCCGAUAAUCAAGGAAAAUUUGUAAGGCUUUUCAACAGCGGGACUAAGGAAGAACUUAUGGGAGGAUGGAUCGUGUCAAGAAUGAUCGAUGAUCAAGAACCUAUUAGUUAUAAAUUCACACCAAAAUUUGUCCUGAGAGGCGGGCAGUCAGUGACGAUUUGGGCCAACCAGGGUGGUGGCCAGCACAAACCGCCAACAGAUCUUGUAUUCAGACAACAGUCAUCGUGGGGAACUGGUAAGGGGGUUAAGACCACGAUCACGGACACAGAAGGAAAGGAAGUAGCUAGUUUGUUGGAAGAAGCAGUUGUAACCACAUUCGAUGAUCCCGAUUCAGGGGCGAACGAUUCCGUUACCACACGACGUCGAACGAAAUUGAUGCGUGCUGGCGGGGCGAACGAUGAAAAAUGUGUAAUUUCGUAGUGAAAGACUUGGACAUAUUAUUCUGUUGUAUAUGGCGUAGGCGCCAUCGUCAGUUGUGUUCAGAAUAAGCCACAUUACUUAACAUGUUAGACGGAUGUAAAUAACAAACUAUGUAUUCAAAUUGCAUUUGCCUUAAUUAACUCAGAAACGAGAGCGUUGCUAACAACGUUAACCCUAAAUAUAUCUCUUAAUCCGUUAUAAUCCAUUACAUCAAAGAUUCAUCGUGAAAAACUAAGAAAAUCAAGGGGCUACGCAUGACUGUUGAAUCCUGAUCAUAAUCCUGAGAUAAAACUUAAUCCUUUAGAGUUUGUUGUUGGGUAAGGAUUAGAGUCAGGUUUCAGGGAUUAAACCUAAAGAUUAUACUCGUGGAUUCUGGACAUGAAUGGCAUAACUACUGUGUAAUCAGAGGUCUAAUAACGUUAC